AUGGGUGACAAUAAUUUUAACAAUACAGAAGGUAUGUAUUUAUUGAAAAACCCUGCCUACAGAAGAUAUGUCCUCUGAAGAAUCUGUUAUGCAAACUAUUCUAAAUGUAUUAUAAUUUGUAAUCAUAGAAAUUCAAUUCAUUACUCAAUAACAAAUUAUAGAUAUAUAAGUGGUUCCAUAAGGGAAUAAAUUAAUAAUGUAAUCUCAUAUUAAUAUAUCUUGAUAAUGAAUUCAAAGAAAUGACAGAUAAUACGUUAAUGGGACUAAAAUGGCAUUAAUAUUUCAUCUAUCAUCCUAAUUUAAUUUAUGUUCAUCAGAAAUGUCAAUUAAGUAGUUUUCCUUCUUAGUUGUGCUUAUUUCAACUUUUAUAUUAUCCAAUCCAUUAAGAUUGA